CCAGUUGGAGAGAUAGGGAUAAGAAAGGGCAUCCAUUCCCAAUCUCCUCUUCGCCGCUCCUCCCCCAAUCCACCAAUCUCAUCGCCAUGGCUUCCAUCUCCACCACCAUUGUUGGCGCCCAAAAAGCCCUCCUACCGGCUACCUCCUCCUCCGCCUCCAAGCCCAAGUUUCACUCGCUCACCGGGUUCCUCGCCUCUUCUUCCUCCUUCUCCGCCUCCAGCCUCAGCUGCGCCGCCGCCUCCCGCCUCAGCAUCCGCCGCCGGGCCAGCCGUCUCGUCGUCCGUGCCGCUCGCGGUAAGUACGAGCGCACCAAGCCCCAUGUCAACAUCGGCACCAUCGGCCACGUCGACCACGGCAAGACCACCCUCACAGCCGCCCUCACCAUGGCCCUCGCCGCCGUCGGAGGUUCCGCCCCCAAAAAGUAUGACGAGAUCGACGCCGCGCCCGAGGAGCGCGCUCGCGGUAUUACCAUUAACACCGCUACCGUCGAGUACGAGACCGACUCCCGCCACUACGCCCACGUCGAUUGCCCUGGCCACGCUGAUUACGUCAAGAACAUGAUCACCGGGGCCGCACAGAUGGACGGCGCCAUCCUUGUUGUCUCCGGCGCCGACGGUCCCAUGCCCCAGACCAAGGAGCACAUCCUCCUGGCUAAGCAGGUCGGCGUGCCCAAUAUGGUGGUCUUUCUCAACAAACAGGACCAGGUGGACGACGAGGAGCUACUCCAGCUCGUCGAGCUCGAGGUUCGCGAGCUGCUCUCCUCCUAUGAGUUCCCAGGGGAUGAAAUUCCCAUCAUCUCCGGCUCCGCACUCCUCGCCCUAGAGGCCCUCAUGGCCAACCCCAAUAUCAAGCGCGGGGAGAACAAAUGGGUCGACAAGAUCUUUGAACUCAUGGACGCGGUGGACAGCUACAUCCCCAUUCCGCAGCGACAGAUCGACCUCCCUUUCCUUCUCGCCAUAGAAGAUGUAUUCUCCAUCACUGGACGUGGGACUGUCGCCACCGGCCGAAUCGAGCGUGGCACGGUAAAGGUCGGUGACACUGUCGAGAUCGUCGGCCUUCGGGAGACGCGGACCACCACUGUCACAGGCGUCGAGAUGUUCCAAAAGAUUCUUGACGACGCGAUGGCCGGAGACAAUGUCGGGUUGCUUCUCCGUGGUAUCCAGAAGGCGGACAUCCAGCGAGGGAUGGUGCUUGCCAAGCCUGGCACCAUCACUCCCCACACUAAAUUUUCCUCCAUCGUCUACAUCCUCAAGAAAGAAGAGGGUGGGAGGCACUCUCCCUUCUUUUCAGGGUACAGACCGCAGUUCUACAUGAGGACCACCGACGUCACAGGCAAGGUCACAACCAUCAAGAACGACAAGGAUGAGGAGGCAAAGAUGGUGAUGCCCGGAGACCGCGUCCAGAUGGAGGUUGAACUCAUCGUGCCCGUGGCAUGCGAGCAGGGAAUGCGGUUCGCUAUAAGGGAGGGCGGAAAGACUGUAGGCGCCGGCGUCAUCCAGUCAAUCAUUCAGUAAAUUAUGCAUGUAAGAAGAUUAUUUGGUUCUCUCAGUUUGCAUGAACUAUCCAUGAAUUGCUACCUUCUGCAUAGUUACUCCUGCAAAACUUAGAUUAAACACGAGCUUAGGUUGCUAUCCGAGAAACCCUUGCCCAUGCAUUGUCUGAUAUUCUGCUCCUUGCUUCUUUGGAAUUUCUAUUUUUAUUUUUUUGCUGCAAUGCUCUGUCUGUCGCUGUGUUCAUAUGGCUAGCUCUUUUAUGAACUCAUUGCAAUCUUGUCACGUAAUUCAAAUAUACUUGCACUUGGAUAA